AUGAGCCGUCCGGAGUACGAGGCGUCAGCAGACGUGUUUUACAAUGCCCUCGAGGCGAAGAAGUAUGCGCGGAGCUCGCGCAUGCAGGCGAUCCAGACGCAGCUAACAGACCGUGCUCUCGAACUGCUUUUGCUUCCCGCAGCAAGCGAAGGAAACGGGGAGACACAACCAUCUCUCCUCUUGGAUCUCGGCUUCGGCAGCGGCAUCAGUGGGGCGCGUCUUGCAGACAAGGGUCACUUCGUCGUAGGCGUCGAUAUUUCAAAGUGCAUGCUCGACGAGGCCGUCGAUGCCGGCAACACAGAGGAGAACGCAGACGCAAUUUUGGCGGAUCUCGGAAAACCGCUUCGUUUUCGGCCGGGCGUCUUCGACGGGGCCAUCAGCAUUUCUGCUCUUCAGUGGCUGUGUAGCGCCAUCCGGUCAGAGGUUCCUGCCGCGACCAUAGCGACUGCCUCGGCGUCGACUCGCGAAGAAAAUGAAGAGGACAUGGAGAGCUGCGAGGAGGACGAAAGCGAUGACGACGGGCACUCGCGCUCCCGGAGUCCCAAUGCCGACGCGAACGAAGUUGCCAUGAGCCAUGACGCCUCCUCAGACGGCGCGGCUACGUCCACAGUGAACAGUCUGUCGGCAGCGGCGGCCCGGGGCGCCGCUCUCGUCCCCUCCGCGGCUGGAGAUGCGAAGCCCAACGCACCCUACAAGCGGCUACGGUGUCUCUUCCAGUGGCUCUUUGCCAGCCUCAAGACAGGCGGACGCGCGGUCCUGCAGUUCUAUCCAGACUCGCCUCAGCAAGUCGAAAUGGUGACAUCGGCGGCGCUACGGAGCGGCUUCGGCGGUGGCAUUGUUGUCGACUACCCGAACUCGACGAAAGCGAAAAAGUUUUUUUUGGUUCUGUGGGUGGGCGGGAGCCACCUACCUGAUCAGCAGCAACAACUUCAACAGCUCCAGGCGGCUGCCUUGGGCACCGACGGGCCUGCGCACAUCGAGUCUGCACGCCGAGAGCGGCAGAAGAAUAUCCGGCGAGGAAAGAGUAGCAAGGCAACGGUUACCCGCCGCGAAUGGAUCGAGAAGAAAAAGGAGAAGCAGCGACUUCAGGGCAAGAAGGUUCGCCACGAGAGCAAAUACACAGGACGGAAGAGGAAAGACAGAUUCUAG